ACCUUUCAAUGCUUAACUCACACUGUUAACAUCAUUAAUUACUUAAUCUAAUUGAUUUUUAAAAGAUUUUUGUUUUAAAAACAUUCCCAAUUUUCCACAAACACCAAUUUACCUUUCAAUUUUAUAAUUAACGUUAUAAAAUUAUAAAUUAAAACUAAUUUUGAGGUUAGAAUUGGUAUAAAUCAAGCCUGAAAUACUACGUUUUUAGGAAAUUUCAAAACAAUGAUAACGUAAUAAUUCACAAUUUGGUCAAAAAUGUUUAAAGAACCGCUAAUACUCUCAAAAAGAAUCGCCACAAAUAAAAUAAUUUUUAGGUUAAGUCACAAAACCCUAGAAAAUAAACCCAAUCUAGAAAUCCUUCGGGAAAGAAUCGCAAAUGGUCCUACAUUACAAGAUUUUAUCGUUAACUCCGACCCUGUACUAAAAGAAAACCCUGAGCAAUGGAAUGAAUAUGAUGGGAAACUUAAACGGGAAAAAGGAGAAAGUCAAAGGUUGCGUUUACCACCUUGGCUUAAAAGAUCUAUUCCUACAGGGAAGAAUUAUAGUAAAUUGAAGGAACAAUUAAGGCAAUUAAAUCUACAUACGGUGUGUGAGGAGGCUAGGUGUCCUAAUAUUGGGGAAUGUUGGGGUGGAGGUGAACAUGGAACAGCUACUGCUACAAUUAUGUUGCUUGGGGAUACAUGUACAAGAGGAUGCAGAUUUUGUUCAGUUAAAACAGCGAGGAAUCCACCCCCACCAGAUGCAUCAGAACCUAUUAAUACAGCUCGUGCCAUUGCUUCAUGGGGAUUAGAUUAUGUGGUGUUAACUUCAGUUGAUCGAGAUGAUUUAGCUGAUGGAGGUUCAAAUCAUUUUGCUGAAACUGUACAGGAAAUAAAAAGACAGAAUAGCAACAUUUUCGUCGAAUGCUUAGUCCCUGAUUUUGCUGGAAACCUAGAAAACGUUAAAACGAUUGCUACAAGCGGUUUGGACGUUUACGCCCACAACAUCGAAACCGUAGAAUCUUUAACACCUUACGUUCGAGAUAGACGUGCGAAAUAUCGCCAAUCUCUUUCAACUCUUAACGCAGCGAAAUCGUUCACUCCAAAAUUAAUUACGAAAUCGUCGAUUAUGUUGGGUUUGGGUGAAAAAGAUGAGGAGGUGGAGCAAACGUUGAUUGAUUUGAAAAAUAAUGGGGUUGAUUGUGUGACUUUAGGGCAAUAUAUGCAGCCUACAAAAAGGCAUUUAAAAGUUGUUGAAUAUGUAACACCCGCUAAAUAUCAACAUUGGGAAAAAAUUGGGAAUGAAAUGGGAUUUUUGUAUGUUGCAAGUGGACCGUUGGUUCGAAGUUCUUAUAAAGCUGGCGAAUUCUUUAUUGCUAGUAUUUUAAAAAAUCGAAAAACUAGUACUGUAAAUUAAAAAUGUUAAUGUAAAAUUGUGAUUUGUGGAUGUAAAUAAAUUACAAUGUCCUAGUUUAAUUGUUCAACCUAAGGAAAAAUUUAAGAAUCAUCAUUUAGCUUAAAAAUCGAAAAAUUACAUUAAAGUUUCGAUGUGACGUCAUGUUUUGUGACGUCACAAGCAAUGUUAA